AUGCCAGGAAGCCAAGGGAAUAUGGGGACUUACCGGUGGAUGGCACCAGAGAUGAUCGAGGAGAAACCUUAUACUCGGAAAGUUGACGUUUAUAGUUUUGGAAUUGUGCAAUGGGAGCUGACCACAGCUUUGCUUCCUUUUCUAGGAAUGACUCCUGUGCAAGCUGCUUUUGCUGUGGUCGAAAAGAAUGAGCGACCGCCAUUGGCAGCAAAUUGUCAACCUGCACUCGUACACCUUAUGAAGCGCUGUUGGGUAGCAAACCACUCUAAGCGUCCAGAUUUCAGUGACAUUGUAUCUGCUCUGGAAACGUACGACGAGUGUGUGACAGAGGUCUCCCAAAGUCCCACUUACUCUUCACUCAGAGUUAUGGUGGAUAUAGAGCUGGCGCUGGUGGAGGAUUGGGAGGAGGUGCAGAUGGAGAUGGUGGAUUUGGUAGUGGUGGACAAGAGGAAUAAGGAUCCAGAUGAUGUCGAUCAGGAUCCAGUUCACAUAGACCCGCCACCCAAAAGCCCUUCUGAUUCAUCUAGUGAUGGUGGCGGUGGGUGGAGUUUUGGGGGUCUGAUCAAGACUUUUAUGACCCAAUCCGAGUCGGUGCUGGAGACAUACAGGCGGGAUCUUAGGGAAUUCAGAUCAGGUCUUAGGAAGGAGUCGGAGGUCAUUCGAGAAGUCGCCGCCACGUUGUGA